GGGAGAGCAGAGCCGAGCCGCGACUAUCCAGGUGGAGCCCGCAGCCCAGCCCGCGCUGACCCGGAGGCGCACCAGCACCGCGCCGUGCCCUGCACCGCACCGCGCAGUUCCUCGCCGGGCAGAGCAGAGCCGAGCCGCAGCCUCGCGCGCCGCCCAAGACCCACUCGCCACUGCCUCCUCCGCAGCACUCAUGGGGACCAGGAGACUUUAAAGGAGUUUGGGGUUUCGGGAGCAGGGAAAUCACGGAUCCCGGCUCCUGGCCCUCGCCGCGCCGCGUCAUUGAUGGGCAACCAACUGGACCGCAUCACCCACCUCAACUACAGCGAGUUGCCCACAGGGGACCCGUCGGGGAUCGAGAAGGACGAGCUGCGGGUCGGGGUCGCCUAUUUCUUCUCGGAUGAGGAGGAGGACCUGGACGAACGCGGGCAGCCAGACAAGUUUGGCGUGAAGGCUUCCCCGGGUUGCACCCCUUGCCCGGAGAGCCCCAGCCGCCACCACCACCACCUGCUGCACCAGCUGGUCCUCAACGAGACUCAGUUCUCCGCCUUUCGGGGCCAGGAAUGCAUCUUUUCCAAAGUGAGCGGCGGCCCGCAGGGCGCCGACCUGAGCGUCUACGCGGUGACCGCGCUGCCGGCUCUGUGCGAGCCGGGCGACCUGCUGGAGCUGCUGUGGCUGGGGCCGGCGCCCCCGCCGCCNGCCCCCCCCCCGCCCUGUGCGGUCUCCGGGGGCGGCGGGCAGAUCAGCCACCUGCACCAGGGCGAGAUCCGCCAGGACAGCCUGUACGAGGCGGGCGCGGCCAACGUGGGCCGGGUGGUGAAUAGCUGGUACCGCUACCGCCCGCUGGUGGCCGAGCUGGUGGUGCAGAACGCCUGCGGCCACCUGGGCCUGAAGAGCGAGGAGAUCUGCUGGACUAACUCCGAGAGCUUCGCCGCCUGGUGCCGCUUUGGCAAGCGGGAGUUCAAGGCGGGAGGGGAGGUGCCGGCCGGCACGCAGCCCCCGCAGCAGCAGUACUAUCUCAAGGUGCACCUGGGGGAGAACAAAGUCCACACCGCCAGGUUUCACAGCUUGGAAGACCUCAUCCGCGAGAAGCGCCGCAUCGACGCCAGUGGCCGCCUGCGAGUGCUGCAGGAGCUCGCCGAGCUGGUGGACGACAAGGAGUAGCCGCCGGGGGGCUGCCUGCCCUGCCUGUCUCCCUGCGCCUGGCUCCCUUCCCGUCCCCGCACCCCGGCUUAGCCUCUGGCGAUUCUCGACCCCAGCCCCCCUCGUGCGUCGCCGCGGGUGGCCAGUGCCCAGGCCGCAUCCUCGCACCCCUCCGGCAAGUGGCAGGACGUCUCAGGAACUGACCCCGGGACUGAAAGGGCGCCCCUGGGCGCGCCUGGCCGAGAGCCCCAGUGGUGGUAUUGGGAGACCCAGCGUGCGCUUUUCCCUGCAGUUGUAAGGGGGAAAGGGGAUUGGUCUUAGGGGGGCACGGUCAUGGCCGCCCCCGCGAGUCAAUGGUCAAUGACUAUCACCCGACAGGGAAACUACCCUUUACUAAAAAGGGACGUCACCUCCCCAAACGCGCACACACAGACCGGCCUGAGGCGAGAAUUGGUCUUUUCAGGGCACAGUUCGACUCCUGUAUCCGUGUGUCCCCGGAUCGCAGGAUUUCCAAGAAAUCGAGCCUGUCCCUUGUGCACUUGUGAGUAAUUCCACAAGAGAGCACUUUGGGACUCCGGGUUAUCCUGAGGCUGCCCGGGACCUUUCCCGCUCUCCAGCCCCAGGUCUCCUGACACUGCAUUCCAGGCUCCGGGCUAAGCUCAAGGAGUACUCGCUUCCCGUUCUUUCCACCGGGAAGCGAGCGCCACCCCCACCCGCAUGUGCCUGCGAGUCUCCCUCGUUGGCAGAAGCGAAGUCUUCCCGGGCCCCGGGAGGAAAAUGGGGUAGCUAAUUUGGUGAGGAGAGCCGGCCCCGCCCCCGAAAAGGAGCUACUUCACCUGGUGUCUGGGAACUUGAACGUGUGAAGAAGAGCGCUUUUUGUUCUGAGCCUGAUUGCUCCCUCCUCAGGCUGCGUUUCAAAAAAAAAAAAAGAGGCAUAUUUUUAAAGGGGUUGGAAGAGAGGGAGGGGGAGGACAUGGCGACAUUCCAGAAACCAGCAUUAUUACAACACCAUAGCCAGUAUAUUUAGUUUGGCUUUUCCUAACAUAGAAAUCUUAAAGGGUGGGGAAGUGGAAAUCAAGUUUAAAAGCGAGAGAGCAGUUUUCCAACUAUGUCAACAAAGCCUUUCCUGUUGAUGUUUUUAUUGACCAUUUUAGCAACAUGCUAAUAAAAUUUCAAAUUGAAAUUUUUAUUUUCAUGGCUUUAAUCCAUGAUAGUUUAAAUACUGGGGGCCAUUAAGAGUGGAUUUAGCUAAGAGCUUAGCUAACAUUGCCUUUUCACUCUACUUUUCUCAACUCUUAUGAGAAUUCUGUUUUUGAAUAUUGUAGUUUUGGGUUUUUUUGGCUUUAAACAGCAGCCCUAGUAACGGUGGAGGUGUUAAUUAAUGUGUAUAUUGUACUGAAUUUCUGUCAGUUAAAGGGUUUACUGCUUUGGUGGAAAUUGCUAGCAGGCUUCACGAUGUUUCUUUUCUCCAUGUUGUAGAUCAUUUCCAUUUCACAUUUCCAUUUCUAUUUUUCUUCCUCUCCUCCUGAUCUCUUCAAAAGAAAUCUAGAGUUGGUGGCUUUUUAUUCCCUCCUCUCUGGCAAGUCCCACAGUUCAGUUGUUCCUGAAAACAGGAAGGAACUUGUAGGGUCAGGACAAACGUGUGUUUUGAAACACAUUAUGGCUGUGUGAAACCCUUUCCUUGGGUGAAAAUUCACAAGCUCCCUCCUGUGCUGCAGACCCAGCCGGACUGAUUGUUACUUGGUUCCGUGUGUUGGACACCCACAGCAUCUAUGUCUCUUUCAAGGGAAUUUGUCAAAGAAUGGUGUUUAGCUAAUUGUUGCAAGCAAUUGCACAUUGACAGCUGCAAUGUAGUUGGACAGCAAAUAUUAUGGCCAAAGCCAGUUUCUUGGCAUUUCGAAAAUAAUGCAAUAAAAAACUAGUCGAGGUUAGCUGAGACUGGAAAUGCCUUCUUCAUGGUAAAUGAUUCAUUUCUGUUUUCUUUUUUCUGUUUUCAUCCUAGAUUUAUCCCCUGAUCUUAAAUUGAAAGGUCAGAUCAAUGAAAUAUGAACUAUUUUUCUGAAGCCUAUCAAGUGAUUUAUUUUUAAAAAAUGUUUAAAUGCAUAUGCUUUUCUUUCAUCACAUACAAUGGCAAAACUUUUGUAAUAAUUAACUUACCUUUGCAUGUAUGGAGAACUGAAAGUCAUCUAUUUCCCUGACUUACCCCUCUUUCAAAUAACAGAUGGCAGAUCAUAAAUCGAAAUUCUUUGUUGUAAUCUAUACACUCCACAUUCUUUACUGUGUCCUACUACUGUAUCUUGGCUCCCUGCUGUAUUAAACACCAUCCUAAGCA